AUGCCUGAAGCUCCAAAACCACAAGAGCUUCGUAAGAUAGAAAAGGAUAAAAGGAGGAAAAAAUUCGAAGACCUCCAAGUUCAAGGAACAAAUAACUCAUCCAUCGUAUCUAAAAGAUCUGUGGAAAUAAUAUAUAAAGACAUUUCACCUCCUGGAGAAUGGUUUAAACAUUUCGUACCUAAAGGUAAAAGAAGAUCUCCAGCUAUCAAUAGAGGUUAUUGGAUUAGAAUGGAAACCAUUAGACAAGUCAUUUACAAGAUUAUGGAGAAAACUGAUGGUAAUGUCAACAUCAUCAACUUGGGAUGUGGGUAUGAUCCAUUACCAUUUCAAUUAUUACAUAUGAACUACAAAAACAUAACUUUCUAUGAUAUAGAUUACCCUGAAUUGGUUAACAAUAAACUUGAGAUGAUCAAGAAAUCACCAGAAAUCUUAGAAUUGAUUGGUGAAUCUGAUGGACUGAAGGAUCUCGGGCUAUUAUACAAUACUGAUAAUUAUAAAUUAUUCGGGUGUGAUUUGAAGAAUUAUUCUUUGUUCGAAAAGCAAUUGAGUUUGUUGAAAGAAGGGGUGAAUAUCUUCAUUGCUGAAGUUUCCUUAGCUUACAUGCAUUAUGAUGACGCCAAUAAGAUCAUAGAAUUGGCUUCUAAAGUACCCAAUAGUCAUUUUGUCAUUCUUGAACAGAUCUUGCCAAACGGUAAAUACGAUUCUUUCGCCCAAAAGAUGUUGGCUCAUUUCUCGAAAUUAAGAAGUUCCUUGAAAUGUGUAGAACAAUACCCUGAGAAGAAAGACCAAAUCGCCAGAUUCAAACAGUAUUAUAAGAACGCCGAGAUAAGAGAUCUCUUUGAAAACUGGAACGAAUUGAUAGAUGAUGAUAUCAAGGUGAGAAUGGAAUCAAUUGAAGAGUUCGAUGAGUGGGAAGAAUUCAUUAUGUUUUGUCAACAUUAUGUUAUCGUCCACGCCUGCAAUGACGAUAAUAUGGUUUACAAGAUACCUUCCAAACACGUCGAUUUGAAAGAAAAUAGCUCUUUAAAGUUGAAGCUAAGUGAUAUUCCUAGCGUUGAGUUGAAAUUUCCAGCAAGCUGUGCUAUUGAUGGUGAAGUCUUUGUCAAUGGUGGUUUAUUUCAAGUACGUGAAGACUCCACUUUGAAGAAUAGUCAAAAGAUAGAGACGGAAAACAAUCCCUUAGGAAGAAUGUGUCAUAGUUUGACAGAAAUUAAAGGUUCAAAAGCUCUUCUCAUUGGAGGUAGAACAAGACCCGGACAUUUACUAAAAGAUGUAUAUAAGUUUGACGGUAAGAAAUGGGAUAAAUUGAAAGACCUUCCUUUCGGUAUUUAUAGACACAGCGUCAUUGAAAUCAAUGACGAAGAAGUUUUGAUUAUUGGAGGUCAAGCUGAUAGCUCGAGAUUACCAAUAUAUAAUCAUAUCGAAGAAGAAACAAGAUUCAUAGAAUACGAUGGUGACAUUAAUUUUGCUCAAAUACUUAGUUUUGGUAUUACAUACGAUGGUGAAGUAGGUUAUAUCACCGGUGGAAUUACAGAUAAACAUUUGCCAAGUUUCAAUGACAAACUUAUCGAGUUUACUAUCAAUGAUAAGUUCAACUAUGAGAUAAUACAACAAAGUCCGAUGCUCGAGAGGGUCGACCCCAAAUUGGUAAAGAUACAAGAUGAAAUUGUCGUAGUUGGUGGAGUAAAUUUCAAUCAACUGUUAAACCAAAACAACUUGAUAAUUUCUAUCAAACAAGACAGCAUUCUUGGUGUUCCUAUAGAUGAGGAUAUCUGGGUUAACAAGCCACCACUUUUCAUCGGCCAUACCGUGGUAGAUAACAAGAUUUUAUAUGGUGGGGCAGUCUGUUACUCAUUUGGAAGUGCUUAUAGUUAUAAUUAUUAUAUAGAGUAG